AUGGCGGCGAUGGACAUUCGUCGACAACGAGGGACCGUCAAGGGCAAACUAACAAGGCUCAACACAAAAGUUGACAAAUUACAAGAAAAUGAAGAAGACUUGCGAGAAAAGAUCGAAGUUUAUUUGACAAAGUUGGACGAAAUAAGCGCCGAGUACAAGCAGAUACAAGAACAACUUGAGUCAAAACUCAAGGGAGAGCUCGAGGAGCAAGACUACGCCGACGAAGCUGAAUUCGAGGACAAUUGCAUCAGCAUGAAGGUAAAGUUGAAAAAGUUAGGGCGAGUGGUUCCAAAAAAUCUUGGCGAGGAUAAAGGGCGUGGAGAUGACGCAAUAGCACGGGUGCUCGAGCAACAGGCGGCGAUGAUGCAACAAUUCGCACAAAGAAGUGGCGCGUCGGAGGUGCCGGCCGGUGUCGGUAAUGAAGUGCUCACGAGGUUGAUCGAACAACAAAACGAGCUGAUGCGUACGAUCGCCGCAUCAAACAAUGGUGGCGCUCGUGGUGGCAUCAUGAAUCAAGAAUCACGAGUCAAGUUACCCACGGUCGAGUUGCCAAAGUUUGACGGUCGAAUGGAGGACUGGAAACGUUUCUCGGAAACGUAUCAAUCGCUUAUACACAACAACGAGAGUAUACCAAAUGUACAAAAAUUCCAGUACUUGCUUUCAUCGCUCACGGAAGCCGCGGCAAAAAUCAUCGAGGCGAUAGAAUUGACCGGUGAAAAUUACACAGUUGCAUGGGAGCUGCUGAAAAAACGAUUCGACGACCCUCGGGCAAUAAAAAAGAAGCACAUUCAGUGUUUAUUUACAUUGCCUCGAGUAGAAAAAGAGUCGUCGAGUGCGAUACGAGGAUUGAUCGACAAUGCGACGAAACACUUGCGAGUUCUCAAAUCAAUGGGAUUACCCACAGAUACGUGGGACGAACUUAUCGUGCACAUUAUUGAAACAAAGCUCGAUACUGUCACACUGCGUGCCUGGGAACAGGAUGAAAAAUCGAGGGAGUCCAGUCUAGACGGGUUCACGGAUUUUUUGCAACAGCGAUGCCAAAUAUUAGAGAGAAUCGAGGCUCGAUCAAAAACGAACGAUAGCUCUCGCAAGGUCGACAACGACAAGGCGCAGUCAAAAAAUCGGAAUCACGGUAAGAACAGCUCAAACGAGAAGGUAGCUGCAUUGACGGUCACCGAGGAGGGUGGUCGAUGCCACUUGUGUCGAGGCAACCAUUACAUCUACCAGUGCGACAAAUUUACGUCAUUGGCAAUCGAAGAUCGAAUCAAGGAAGUACAGCGUCUCAAGCUGUGCAUAAAUUGUUUGAGGAACGAUCACUUCGUCAAAUCGUGCAAGAUGGGAUCUUGUCGCGUGUGUUCCAAGAAACACAACACUCUCUGUCAUCGUCCAGCUAUCAACGAGGAGUCAUCAAAGGCGAGUCAGGGGACAGAGGGAGAAGGCAAGGAUUCGAGCAACAAAGCCAGCAACGUAGCGGUGCAUCACGUUUCGGGCGGUCCCCGAAGGCGCCAUGUACUCAUGGCUACGGCGAUGGUCGACGGCGAACGUCUGAACGGAAGCAGUGUAGCUUUGCGUAUCCUUUUUGACAGUGGUAGCGAAGCGAACUUUAUUACGAGAGCCGCGUGCAAUAAGUUAGGCGUCAAAUUAGAUCGAGCGCAAGAAACUGUAACCGGGAUAAACGAGCGCGAGAGCAAGGUCUUUCAAAGUUGUCACAUAUCGUUGCAAUCGCGACACUCCAAAUUUCGGAUCGAUACCAUUCAUUGUCUAGUCGUACCAACUAUCACUAAACGAUUACCAUCGAUUGAACUCGAUGUACACGCGUUACAAAUUCCUCUCAAUAUCAAGCUAGCUGAUAUCGAAUUUUACAAACCGAGCACGAUUGACGUUUUGCUGGGAGCAGAAUACUUCUUUGACGUCAUGCAGACGGAGAAAAUAGAAUUAGGCGAAAAUCAACCGUCAUUGCGAAACACUAAAUUUGGAUGGGUAAUUGCGGGAAAGUUGUUGCUUGAAAAUUCAACAAGUAUAAGUUGCAAUCACGAGAGCGUUGUGGCAUUAACGUGUUCUCUCGAGCAAAAUGAAACUCUGGGCGAAAGUUUGAAACGAUUUUGGGAGAUUGAAAAUAUCGAAUCAAAAACGCAAGCGUUAUCGGUCAAUGAGAAACAAUGCGAGCAAAUCUUCAAUGAAACCGUGACGCGAGACACAAGCGGCCGAUUUAUAAUUAAACUACCGUUUAAGUCGGAUCCCAGUAAGCUAGGGGUAUCACGUAACGCCGCGCUCAAAAGAUUGGUUCAACUAGAACGGCGGUUCAACAACAACGAGUUAUUGCGAAAACGAUAUACACAAUUCAUGAGGGAGUACAUUGACCUUGGGCACAUGUCUUUGGUAAGCAAUACGACGGAAGACGAAAUGCGAAAACCCUUGUACUUGCCGCAUCACGGAGUCAUUAAAGAAUCGAGCACGAGCACGAAAUUGCGCGUAGUAUUCGAUGCUUCAAACAAAACAAGUACAGGACUAUCGCUCAAUGACGUAUUGCAUGUAGGGCCAACUUUGCAAGCCAAUUUGAUAAAAAUUAUUAUGAGAUUUCGAUGUUACAAUGUCGCGUUAACAGCUGAUCUAAAGAAAAUGUACCGACAAGUACUUGUGCACCCAGACGAUCGAGAUUAUCAGCGCAUAUUGUGGCGAUUUUCUCCUGCUGAUGGAAUAAGCGAGUUUCGCCUCAACACGGUCACGUAUGGCCAAUCGAGCUCAUCAUAUCUAGCUGUAAAAUGCAUGCGAAUACUAGCAGAGCAGGCAUCAGAGAAGUAUCGUGAAGCGGCACGAGUGAUACUCAAUGAGAUGUACGUAGACGAUAUUCUGACAGGAGCCGACGACAUCGUCGGUGCCAUCGAGGUUCAAGGUCAACUCACCGAGCUACUACAAGCAGGCGGAUUCAAGAUCCAUAAGUGGUGCACGAGUCAUCCAGAAAGUUUGAACCACGUAGUUUCGGAGGAUCGGGAGGAGUUGUCCAAGCGAGCGAUCGACGCAAACGAAACAAUUCGUACUCUUGGUCUUGAAUGGGACCCGAAUAGCGAUCUAUUCUAA